CAGAACCGUAAAACAGGCUCUGAACCCUAUUCGCUGGUGGGAUCAUCGUCCUCCGUCGGCUGUAGCAUUGAAGAACAGUAUCAUCAUGGCGUUGAGACUGGCGACCAUUAAACGCGCCGCGGUUGAUUCGGGCCGUAUGAUGGGGUGCCGAAGCUGGAGCCACGUUGCUGCGAUGCCACCUCCCAUGGGCGGCGCCUUCGAUCUUCCCGUCGCAUCCACGCCGUUGGGUCUGCCGGAGUUCGAUCAGAAUCCAUCGGAUUCUUUCGGAGAUAAGGCUACUGGGUUCGGGUUGCCGAGUUUCUCUUUCGGUGGAUCCAUGGAGCUCAUGGCUGUCCCCAAGAAGAAGGUUUCUCGCCACAAGAGAGGAAUAAGAAACGGGCCAAAGGCUCUUAAACCUACUCCUGUCAUCAUUCGUUGCAGGAGUUGUGGGAGAGUGAAGCUGCCACAUUUCUACUGCUGCAGUGGUGACAGGGGAAGCUCUGAUGGGCAAAGCAAUGUGAACAACUGAAUAUCAGUACUCUCUCUCAGUCAUAUGUUGCAGAGUUGUGUCGUGUUUUUAAUAACAUAUCUUAUAAUACGUUUCACUUGGUAACUCGUCGUCGCAAAACUUGUGAUUUCAUGUAAACAAUUAUGGGCACUUAUAUUAGAUUCAGCAGUUGCAUGCA